GGGCAUCCCUGGCUCAGCCAAUGGGAGGGGGCGAGGGCGGGCUCCGGGGAAGGAGGACGAGGAGGGGGAAGAUGGCGGCGCCUCGCCUGGCCUGAGGCCUGGUCUGUGUCUGUGAGGCGGGAAGGAAGGCGGAUGGAAGGGAACGGAGAGGCCGAGAGAGAGAGAGAGAGAGAGAGAGGACGUGAGAGUUCUCUGGAGCCACCCCUGCCGUGAUGGGAAACGAACCAGCUUCUAGUCGAUAUUAAGGCAUUUGGAAACCAAAGUGCAGGCAGGAAACCAGUCCUCAAGGAAAAAGGAUUCCUCUCAAGGGGCUGAUCCUGCAGAAUUCCUACAUUCACUUUGGAUUCUAGAGUAGAACCAUAGAGUCGGAAGAGACUUCAUGAGGCACCCAGUCCAGGCCUCUGCCGUGCAGGAAAAGUGCAAAGUACCCCUGACAGAUGAGCAUCUGGCCUCUGUUUAAAGGAUUCCAAAGGAGCGUCCACUGCAUUUUGAGGCAGAGAGUUCCACUGCUGAACAACUCUUACAGUCAGGAAGUUCUUAAUGUUCAGAUGGAACCUACUUUCCUGUAAUUUGAACCCACUGCUGUGAGUAAUCAGAAAGGGAAAAACAAGAAUCAAGUGUCCUUAUUGGAAUUAAAUGUACAUAGCACUGUUGACAUGGAGGAGAAAGCAUAUAAAUGUAUUGAAUGUGGAAAGAGCUUUAGUUAUAGUUCAGCUCUACAAACACAUCAAAGGACUCACACUGGCGAGAAACCUUAUACAUGCCUGGAGUGUGGUCAGAGCUUUCCUCAGAAGGGACACUUACAUACACAUCAAAGGACUCACACUGGGGAGAAACCCUAUAAAUGCCUGGAGUGUGGACAGAGCUUUGCCCAUAGUUCAGGACUACAUUCACAUCAAAGGACUCACACUGGGGAGAAACCCUAUAACUGCCUGGAGUGUGAACAGAGCUUCACUCGGAGUUCAGGUCUACGUAUACAUCAAUGGACUCACACUGGGGAGAAACCCUAUAAAUGCUUUGAGUGUGGACAGAGCUUCAGUCAGAGUUCAACUCUACGUUCACAUCAAAGGACUCACACUGGGGAGAAACCCUAUAAAUGCCUGGAGUGUGGACAGAGCUUUCCUUACAGUUCAGGACUUCGAUCACAUCAAAGGACCCACACUGGGGAGAAGCCCUAUAAAUGCCUGGAGUGUGGACAGAGCUUUGCCCAUAGUUCAGGACUACGUUCACAUCAAAGGACUCACACUGGGGAGAAACCCUAUAACUGCCUGGAGUGUGAACAGAGCUUCACUCGGAGUUCAGGUCUACGUAUACAUCAAUGGACUCACACUGGGGAGAAACCCUAUAAAUGCCUAGAGUGUGAACAGAGCUUCACUUGUAGUUCAAGUCUACAUAUACAUCAAUGGACUCACACUGGGGAGAAACCCUUUAAAUGCCUGGAGUGUGAACAGAGCUUCACUCGGAGUUCAGAUCUACGUUCACAUCAAAGGACUCACACUGGGGAGAAACCCUUUAAAUGCCUGGAGUGUGAACAGAGCUUCACUCGGAGUUCAGAUCUACAUUCACAUCAAAGGACUCACACUGGGGAGAAACCCUAUAACUGCCUGGAGUGUGGACAGAGCUUCACUCAGAAGGGAAACUUGCAUAAACAUCAAAGGAUUCACACUGGGGAGAAACCCUAUAACUGCCUGGAGUGUGGACAGAGCUUCACUGAGAAGGGAAACUUGCAUAAACAUCAAAGGAUUCACACUGGGGAGAAACCCUAUAACUGCCUGGAGUGUGGACAGAGCUUUGCUCAUAGUUCAGGUCUACGUUCACAUCAAAGGACUCACACUGGAGAGAAACUCUAUAACUGCCUGGAGUGUGGACAGAGCUUCACUCAGAAGGGAAACUUGCAUAAACAUCAAAGGAUUCACACUGGGGAGAAACCCUAUAACUGCCUGGAGUGUGGACAGAGCUUCACUCGGAGUUCAGAUCUACAUUCACAUCAAAGGACUCACACUGGGGAGAAACCCUAUAACUGCCUGGAGUGUGGACAGAGCUUCACUGAGAAGGGAAACUUGCAUAAACAUCAAAGGAUUCACACUGGGGAGAAACCCUAUAACUGCCUGGAGUGUGAACAGAGCUUCACUCGGAGUUCAGAUCUACAUUCACAUCAAAGGACUCACACUGGGGAGAAACCCUAUAACUGCCUGGAGUGUGGACAGAGCUUCACUCAGAAGGGAAACUUGCAUAAACAUCAAAGGAUUCACACUGGGGAGAAACCCUAUAACUGCCUGGAGUGUGGACAGAGCUUCACUGAGAAGGGAAACUUGCAUAAACAUCAAAGGAUUCACACUGGGGAGAAACCCUAUAACUGCCUGGAGUGUGGACAGAGCUUUACUCGAAGUUCAGGACUACGUUCCCAUCAAAGGACUCACGCUGGGCAGAAACCAUAGAAAUGCAUGGAGUGUGGACAGAGCUUUUCAUGGAAUAGACAUCAAUUUGAGUUUAGCAUAUUCUAAUAAUUGUAUAUUUAUUUCCUUUCUUAGUUUAAUAAAAUUAUUAGUAUCUAAA